AUGACAAGAACCCGCAAAGUUCAAUGGGCUGAUGAUGACGGUGUAGAAGUUCAGAAGACGUCUACAUCGAAUUCUGAAUGUCUCAAAAUGAAAUCAAACACAAAUGCGAAGAAAUUGGUUCAAGUUCGAAGUUAUAGUGGAUAUGCCGAAUCUCAUGCAGAUGAGAAAAUAGUUCAAACAUCUCCAACUCAACGCAAAACUCAAAAGUUCGAUCGAAAUUUGUCUACAGUAGACGAGGAAGAAGAUGAGGAUGUCAGUGAGAACAGUGAGAACGAAAACGUCUGA